ACUGAAUUUUUUCUCAGACACCAAAAUUGCUACUCACAACAACUUUUAAGAGCUACAUAAACGAGCCACUGAAGGGGCUGUAGGAGCAGAAAAACUAGCAUAGCAAUUGAAAAUAAUGGAGCUAGCAACUAUAGGAAGAAAUGCUCAGUCAUCAUUUCGACGUGGCACGAUAGGUCUAGAUAUGGAUGCAGAUUCCAGUGCAGAGGAGGAUGAGGGAGUUCAUUUGCAGUGGGCUGCGAUUGAGAGAUUGCCAACCUUUAAAAGGAUCAAGACCUCACUGUUUGAAGCAAGCAAUGCGAAAGAUGGCGAAGGGAAGAAAGUAACUGAUGUUACUAAGCUCGGGGCAGCAGAAAGACAUCUCUUCAUCGAGAAGCUGAUAAACCACAUUGAAAAUGAUAAUCUCAGGUUGCUACAGAAUCUCAGAGAAAGGAUAGACAGAGUGGGCAUGAAGUUACAUACUGUGGAGGUGAGGUACAAGAAUUUAUCUGUGGAAGCAGAAUGUGAGGUAGUUCAGGGAAAGCCUCUCCCGACGCUAUGGAACUCCAUAGCGAGCUUCUUGUCUGGUUUCAGAAAGAUAGCGAGAAGCAAGCCACGAGAAACCAAGAUAAGCAUCCUUAAGGAUGUUUCUGGCAUCAUUAAACCAUCAAGGCUUACUCUUCUUCUUGGUCCGCCAGGCUGUGGGAAAACCAACUUAUUAUUGGCUCUUUCAGGAAGACUAGAUCAAUCCCUUGAGGUUGAAGGGGAAAUAUCUUAUAACGGUUACAAGCUUGAUGAGUUUGUUCCUCAAAAAACAUCAGCCUACGUAAGUCCAUAUGACCUGCACAUGCCUGAGAUGACUGUCAGGGAAACUAUUGACUUCUCGGCACACUGCCAGGGUGUUGGAAGCAGAGCAGGGAAUUUUCUUUAUAUAAUGCUGGAGGUAAGCAGAAGGGAAAAGGAAGCAGGAAUUGUCCCUGAUCCAGAUGUAGACACCUACAUGAAGGCAAUCUCAGCUGAAGGACAAAGAAGAAAUCUCCAGACAGAAUAUGUUUUAAAGAUUCUUGGACUGGAUAUUUGUGCAGAUAUAGUUGUCGGUAGUGCAUUGAGAAGAGGGAUUUCAGGUGGUCAAAAGAAAAGGCUAACAACAGGAGAGAUGAUUGUUGGUCCCACAAAAGCUUUAUUUAUGGAUGAAAUAUCAACUGGGCUAGACAGCUCCACAACCUUUCAGAUAGUUACCUGUCUUCAGCAACUGGUGCAUAUCACAGAUUCAACCGCACUAAUUUCACUUCUUCAGCCAGCACCUGAAACCUUUAAUCUAUUUGAUGAUGUAAUAUUGAUGGCUGAGGGUAAGAUUGUCUACCAUGGUCCUUGCAGUCAUGCAGUCCAGUUUUUUGAAGAUUGUGGUUUCAAAUGUCCACAAAGAAAAGGUGCUGCGGACUUCCUUCAGGAGGUAAUCUCAAAGAAGGAUCAAGCAUAAUACUGGUGCCACGCUGACAUUCCUUACCAGUAUGUUUCAGUUAAUCAGUUCAUUGAAAUGUUCAAAGCAAGUAAUCUUGGACAGACACUAGCUGAAGAGCUCGCAAAACCAUACGAUAAAUCCUGCUGUCCUAAGAGUGCCUUGUCAUUUAGCAUUUACUCCUCAAGAAAAUGGGAAUUAUUCAAAGCUUGCAUGGCUAGAGAGCUGCUUCUUAUGAAAAGGAACACUUUUGUUUACGUUUUCAAAACUGCACAGCUCAUCUUCACUGCGUUUAUAACAAUGUCAGUAUUUGUACGCACCAGGACGGAAGUGGACUUGAUGAGUGCAAACUAUCUGAUGGGCUCUAUGUACUAUGCACUGAUCAGGCUUUUUACUAAUGGAGUUGCAGAGUUGUCCUUGACUGUUAUUAGACUUCCUGCAGUUCAAAAACAAAGAUCAUUCUACCUAUAUCCAGCAUGGGCUUAUGCCAUUCCAGCCUGUAUACUAAAGAUUCCAUUUUCACUUCUUGAUUCUAUACUCUGGACAGGCAUAACUUACUAUGUUAUAGGGUAUAGCCUUGAAGUGACGAGGUUUCUUUGCCAGUUUCUUCUGCUAUUCGCUCUCCAUCUAGCCUCAACAUCGAUGUGUCGAUUCAUUGCCUCAAUUUUCCAAACGAUGGUACUUGCAACAACAGUUGGUUUGGUAAUCUUAGUUCUAAUGUUCUUGUUUGGAGGCUUCAUUCUUCCACGGCCCUCUUUGCCGCCUUGGUUGAGGUGGGGAUUCUGGAUUUUUCCCAUGACAUAUGGGGAAAUUGGCAUAACCCUAAACGAAUUCCUUGCUCCAAGAUGGAAAAAGAUGUUAAAUGGAAACACCACCAUAGGAAAUGGUGUCCUGACCAGCCAUGGUUUGAACUUCGAAGGCUAUUUCUAUUGGAUAUCACUAGGGGCUUUGUUUGGAUUCACAAUACUUUUUGAUCUUGGCUUCAUCUUAGCCUUAACUUACUUGAAACCACCGAAGAUGUCCAGAGCUAUUAUUUCAAAAAAGAGGCUCUCUCAACUCCAAGGAAGAGAAGAUCAGGAGUGGAGUAGGCAACCAGACAAUGAAUCAAUCCCAGCUCAUAACGCAGAAACAAGAAAAACAGAGAUGAUGGUUCUGCCAUUUGUGCCCCUAACGAUGACAUUUAAGGACGUGCGGUAUUUUGUUGACACACCCCCAAUGCCAGAGGCCAGGGCCAACCUCGUCCAUUCAAAUAUUCGGGCAUUUCUUCAGCUGAAAUGGCUCGCCGAUCGUCGGACGUGGGUCAGCCGGAAUGUCCACAGUGCUUCGGUUGAUGGCCGUGCUAGCCUUGUGCAUUGUCAACCGAAAACUUUUAUGUAUUCAGGAAUGCUCGGUCACCAUUCAUGUAAGCUUAUCGAGUAUUUCGAGGGUAUUUCAGGUGUGCCAAAGAUCAAAGAUAACUACAAUCCAGCAACAUGGAUGUUGGAGGUUACUUCUGCAUCGAUGGAAUCAGAACUUGACUUAGAUUUCGCAAAACUUUAUAAGGAGUCUCCUCUGUACCAGGAGACGACUGAGUUGGUCCGACAGUUGAAUAAACCUCCUCCAGGUUCAAGAGACCUGCAGUUUUCCACUCCUUUUCCACAGAGUAUAUGGGAGCAGUUUACAGCAUGCUUAUGGAAGCAACACUUGUCCUUUUGGAGAAGUCCUGAGUACAACUUGUCACGAUUCAUCGUCAUUAUCGUUGCAUCGCUGUUGUUUGGAAUAGUCUUUUGGCAGAAGGGAAAGGAAAUAAACAACGAGCAAGACUUGGUCAACAUACUUGGAUCGAUGUACAUUGCUGUAGUAUUCCUGGGCUUAAACUGUUAGGAGAUCCAAACAUUCAAA